GCUCGCAUCCGCGCACUGUCCGAUGAGCUAUAUGAGGGAGCUGGGUUCGCGAGAGCUCUGCUCAGUAGUGCAGCCUGCUAAGCUUGUCUGUCUCGCUUUCCUUAGCUUGCUUCCGAGGGACGUUCUCACGCCUCAAAGCACUUGCUUCUUCCGCUUCCACAACCACAACCCAACCCCUCCUCUAUCGGUCAAUCCACCAUCUCCUUCUUCUGUCUGCGCAUGCCUGCCUGCCUGGGUGCCUGCGUGUCUGUCUGUCUGUCUGAGAGAUGGAUAGGUAAAUAUGUAUGAGGCAUCGCAUCGCAUCGCAUCGAGGGAGCGUGAGAUAGAUAGAGAGGGAGAGUGAGCGGGAUAGUUAGAUAGAGAGUCGCGAGCCGCCGUGCCUUCGCUCGCCUCGCCUCGCCUCGCCUCGCCUUGCCUUGUCCGGUCCGGUCUCGGGCCAUCUUCUCCUUCUUCGGUGUUAGAGGAUGUCUUCACAUAUUUAUUCAUUCAUUCAUUCAGAACUCGCAACUACUUCCUUUCUGUCUGUAGCAGGCAGCCUACGAGAGAGAGACUGAGUGAGCGAGAGACUGAGAGAGCGAGCGAGAGAGAGAUGGGCCAGCGUCCUCGUUCUGAUUCAAUCAUUGAUACCGACACCAAUCCUUGUGAUUUCUGCCCUUGUCUCCACUAGCAGCUCCGUCAUCUGUAGAUCUCGUAUAACGCGCGAGGGACCGACAUAGAGCCCAAUGAAAGAAGCCUGGGGGUUCUCUGGGAGAGAAGAUCGAGUAAUGCGAAAGGGAUGGGAGGGUUGUCCAUGAGCAAUACCUCCUCAUCUUCUCAUCGUGUAUUUAGACUACCAUCGACACAAUAUGAUGACCGCCGCAACUUCUCGCGUUACGUGUCUCCGUCUCCACUCCGAUCCUAAGGAAAUUGCGGACUUGUGGUCCAAUGCUGUAUUACGAAGCCAACGCUCACCACUUUCGACCCCCGGCAAGGGCGGUCCCGAUGUUACUUUGAGACUGCGCGCCGUGUGGGAUCAACAAUCAUCCACAUCGAACACGACCGAUGCGAGCUUGCAGCAGCAGAUGACAAGCCCGAGACUGAACCGACAUGGUCUUACGUUAAAUCACGAAGCUGCUCCGGGCGCCAGGACCACGCAGUCGUCCACCAGGUCUUGCGACAACAGCUCUUCUUCCAGCCCCCCCGAACAGCAGCAGCAGCAGCAACAGCAACACCAGCAGCAACAACAUCACCACCAUGAGCACAUGAAGAGCCUCAACGCCAGCAUCAACAUCAACACCGCCGUCAACUCAUCGUCCUCGGACGACAAGGAACUAGUCACCGUGGAGCGCAAGACGGCCAAGCUCGAGAUUGGCGAGCACCACCACCAUCUCCACCACCACCACUUCCAUCAGCAGCAGAUGGUAAAAAGCAGUCAACCCAUCAAAGUCGAAUGGGCUGAACGAGGAGCAGCAGCAGCAGCAGCAGCCGGGGCGGGUUCGGGGAUCAAUCUGGCCAAUUUCUCUCAGAGCCACAAGCUCGAGGUGUCCGGGGACGUGAAGGAUGAGGGCGCCGCGUCCGAGGAGUGUUCGAGCUCUCCGUGCUCGAGCUCAGACAAGCGCAUGAACCUGGAGCUGGGCGCCUGCUCGCAGGAUGACGCAGCGGCAGCAGCCUUGGUAGGAGUAGCAGCAGCAGCAGCAGCGUCGGCGGCAGCGGGAGAGAGGGGAGGCGAGCGAGGGCCCCCUUCGUGGGCGGGCACAGCGUGGGGUCCCGGGUGCGUGACCAAUCCUCGCAGCAGCAGCUGCCUGAACGAGCGAGCUGCGAGCGAGAGGAGCUUCUCGGGAGUGUCGGGGGAUGCGGUCACGGGGCCGCCCGAGGAGAGCUCGGACGGGGGCGAGGACAGCCGCGGAGGCGUGCUGAAGGAGGGCGUGAACAAGCUGCCAUCGUCGCAGUACCGCGGAGUGGUGCCGCAGCCGAAUGGCAGAUGGGGCGCUCAGAUUUACGAGAAGCACCAGCGCGUGUGGCUGGGCACGUUCAAUCGCGAGGAGGAUGCGGCUCGCGCCUACGACCGCGCGGCCAUGAAAUUCCGCGGGCGCGAUGCCAUGACCAAUUUUCGCCCCGUGCAGGAGACGGAUCCUGAGGCCGUGUUCCUGCGCCAGUACUCCAAGGAGCAGAUUGUCGAGAUGCUGCGCCGGCACACGUACGAGGAGGAGCUCGAGCAGAGCAAGCGCCUGGCGAGCAUGCGCGUCACCUCGCCGCAGACGCCCGCGGGCAUGGUGCCCAAUCCGCCGAACGAGAGCGACGACCCGCCCUCGCUGCCGCCCAAGCCGACCAUGCAGCGCGAGCAUCUGUUCGAGAAGGCCGUGACGCCGAGCGAUGUGGGCAAGCUGAACCGGCUGGUGAUUCCCAAGCAGCACGCCGAGCGCUGCUUCCCGCUGGACCUGGCCUUGAAUGCGCCGUGCCAGACCCUCUCGUUCGAGGAUGUGUCGGGCAAGCAUUGGCGAUUUCGCUACUCGUACUGGAAUAGCUCGCAGAGCUACGUGUUCACCAAAGGCUGGAGCCGUUUCGUCAAGGAAAAAAAGCUCGAGGCCGGCGAUACGGUGUCGUUCGAGCGCGGGCCCAACCAGGAGCUCUACAUUGACUUCCGCCGGCGCCUCAACAAUCAGGUCGCUCAGAUGCUGCCGGGCCCGUCGACCUCGGCCUCCGAUUUCGCUCGCAAUCGCCCCUGGGUGCCGCGAUUGCCCAACCCGGCUGGCGGCCUGAAUCCGGCCGUGUGGCACCAGCUCAGCUUGCAGAACCUUCAAUCGUCGCUCGAAUCGAGGGAGCAGCUGCAAAUGCUCUACGCGCGCCAGGCUUUCCCGCAGCACAUGCACUCGCAGCAGCUCUCGAGUUUCUCGAGCCUCCAGCAGCAGCAGCAGCAGCAGCAGAGGCAACAGCAGCAGCACAUGGAAAGUGGAGUGUCCCUCCCGCAUCAGACGAGGACGGGGGACGACUUUUUCUCGCUGCUGGAGCUCGGGCGACGCACCGACGGCGGAGUGGCAGCCAUGGACCGAACUGUCGUCGGUGCCUCGACUACGGUCGUCAAGCCGCAGCAGCUGCUCGCGGAAGGGCCUGUUUCGACGCCGUCGGCAGCCCCUGCCGGCGCGAGCGGGGGCACGAGGCUGUUCGGGGUGGACUUGGAGAAGACGUCGUCGUCGUCCGCUCAGAGAAGCACCGAGCGCGAAUCCGCUGUGGUCUCGGGGCUGAACGACUGGAAGUCGCAGACGUACGCGCAGCAGCUGCAAUCUUUGAGCAGGGCGUCGUCGUAUCAUCAAGGAGAGUCGAGCUUCCAGCAGCAGCAGCAGCAGCACUUGCCCACUGCGCGCAUCCUGCCGUCGUUCCAAGGAUCUUUGCAUGGGCAGUCGCCCGCUCCGGUGCUGAUGGCGGCUAGCGCCAAGCAGCAGCAGCAGCAGCAGCAGCAGGAGCAAUCGUCAUUCAUGGGAUUGUCAAUUGUGCGAGGCCGAGCGGGCGAGCAAUCGCCGGGCACGCGGCUCGCGGCCUCGCAUUCGAAUUUGCAGCUCGCGUCGUCGACCAACAUGAACAGCGGCAGCGCAGCUCGCGCUGCCGGGGCCGGGGCCGAGCUGCAGGAGGCCGGGGCGAGGACGGUGGUGGCGCUGGGGCUGGCCGGGCCGCAGCAAUUCGCAGGCGACAGCCGCAAGCGCAAGGUGGGAAUUCUCGAGAGUCUGAAGAACUCGGGUCCGGCCGAUUCGUACGCGAGGGACGGGGCGCCCGACACCUCGCUCUCGCUGGCUCAACAUUCCGAGUCCACGACGCAGGUCUCGUUCACCACGGAGUCCUCGCAUUUCUCGAGCAGCACGCAACCCAGCGGCAGUACCUCGACCGCCGAGGACCGGGAGCAGAAGUCUCCCAAGCGACAUUGCUCGCCGGUGCAAGGCGCUCCCACAGGCAGCAGCAAAGCUUGCGCCGCGGGCCUGCCCUUGACCUCGACGACCACCGACACUCGCGGCUGCCGAGUCGAUCAGAAGCAGCAGCAGCAGCAGCAGCCCCCGCAGCCCGUCGCCAGUGCCAACACCACCAGCGGACCUCCCGGGGCCGUCGUCAAAUGCCAUCUGCAGUGGUCGCCCGAGAAAUUUCUCAACAUCAGCCUGGCCAAUUUCCAUUCCGUGGAGGGGCUCAAGCGCGAGCUGCUGCAGUUCACGCAUUUGGACUUCGCCCAGGGCCUGGACAUUGUCUACAAGGACAAGGACGGCGACAUCAUGCUGCUGUCGGAGCAUUCCUGGGGCCUGUUCAAGGAAAAUGUGCAGGAGAUGUGGAUCCGGAAAACCGAGCAGCCGCAGCAGCAGCGUGCGUGAAUUCGAAUUGAAUGUCACGGCGCGUCGUCAUCGACAUCGCAUUGAAUUUCUCGAUCGGACAUCACAGACCGAUCAAUCACGAGCAAUUCCGCGCGAGGGCGGAUAGGAAGCAAGCAAGCAAUCAAGCAUUCAAGUCGUAUUAGGAGGAGGACAAGACUCAUUCUUUUGUCUGUGGACGGGUGCGCGCAAAUGUGAAGAGGCUACGUCGGUACCGGUGGCACUCUUACGUCUGACAGGCCCUCGAUCAGAUCACACACCCCAGAUCUCGAGGUGUAAUUUGUAUAGAAACCCAGUAUGGUGUAGAUCUACCAAAGGCAUCUAAAAGGUCCAUAUGACAUUUUAACUGAUAAGUCCCAAACUGGUAGAAAUUUUGUCGAGGACGAACAUAUAGAUAGACCGGGCAUCUCUCGACCCACUUUUACGAUUGCACAUGCUCCAGCCUCGGGAAGACAGACCGAGAAUGUACGCCUGCCCGCCAGCAGCCCGCCAGCCCGCCCGCCCGCCCGCUCGACUUUCCCGAGAUACCAUGUAUAUGUUCGAUCCCAACACAUGUAUAUCAUUUUUUGAAAACGUUUAUCAAUCAAUCUACCCC